UGCUGCCCUUCCCCGCAGGUCUCACCAGGCCCUCGUCUCCCCUGUUUUCCAGGAUGCGUUACGUCGCCGCAUACCUGCUGGCCGUGCUCGGCGGCAACGACUCUCCCACGUCAAAGGACUUGAAGAAGAUCCUGGACAGCGUUGGCAUCGAGACAGACGAUGAACGCAUGAACAAGGUUAUUAGCGAGCUGAAUGGAAAAAACAUCGAGGAUGUCAUUGCUCAGGGCAAUGGGAAGCUUGCCAGCAUGCCUGCUGGGGGAGCUGUGGCCGUCUCUGCUGGAGGGGGCUCUGCUGCUCCUGCUGCAGCCGCUGCCCCUGCUGCCGCUGAGGAGAAGAAAGAAGAGAAGAAGGAGGAAUCUGAAGAAUCUGACGAUGACAUGGGAUUCGGCCUCUUUGAUUAAUUAUUUGUUAUAGAGAAAUUAUUAAAAUUCUUUGUUUUAAAUA